UCCUGCCUCCUCCUCCUCUUCUGUCUGCCUUUGGGCGCGUCCUGCCCGCAGGGCUGCCAGUGCCCCGACCACUCAGGGGCCGUGGCCGUCCACUGCAGCUCCCGGGGCCUUCAGGAGGUGCCCAGGGACAUCCCCGCCGACGCCGUGCUCCUGAAGCUGGAUGCCAACAGGAUCGCCCGCAUCCCCAACGGCGCCUUCCAGCACCUGGGCCAGCUGCGGGAGCUGGACCUGUCGCAGAACGCCAUCGAGUCCAUCGGCCCUGCCGCCUUCGCGGGCCUGGCCGGGGGGCUGCGGCUGCUGGACCUGUCCCACAAUCGCAUCCGGCGGAUCCCCAAGGACGCCCUGGGCAAGCUGAGUGCCAAGAUCCGCCUGUCCCACAACCCGCUGCACUGCGAGUGUGCCCUGCAGGAGGCCCUGUGGGAGCUGAGGCUGGACCCGGACUCGGUGGACGAGAUCGCCUGCCACACCGCGGUGCAGGAGGAGUACGUGGGCAAGCCGCUGAUCCAGGCCCUGGACGCGGGCGUCAGCUUCUGCAGCGUCCUCCACAGGACCACCGACGUGGCCAUGCUGGUCACCAUGUUCGGCUGGUUCGCCAUGGUCAUCACCUACGUAGUGUGCUACGUGCGCCAGAACCGGGAGGACGCCAGGAAGCACCUGGAGUACCUGAGGUCGCUGCCCAGCGCCCCUCUGACCGUGGACCCCACCAGCCCUGCGCCCUAGA